UUAUUGGAAACAAACAUUUGCCAACUUUUGCGUACAACACGUUCUGUUUCUAACUCCUCCAUCUUUUACCCCUUUUGGAUUCUUCCUCCAAUUUUGUUUCCUUCUUUGUUUCGAUAUCCUCCAUAUUCUUCUCUGAUUAAUCUGCUAUUUUUUUUUAUCUCGAUCGAUGUCGGUUAAAACAGUGCAAGUGAACAAUGUUUCUUUGGGUGCUAAAGAGCAAGAUAUCAAGGAGUUCUUCUCCUUCUCUGGGGAUAUUGAAUAUUUAGAGAUGAAAGGUGAGAGUGAGCGAUCACAAGUUGCUUAUGUAACAUUCAAGGAUCCUCAGAGUGCAGAGACUGCAGUUCUUCUUUCAGGAGCUACAAUUGUUGAUCAGUCCAUCUCAUUAGUCCUUGCACCCGAGUACAAGCUCCCACCUACAGCUUCAGUAUCACCAGUUCCAACUGAAAGCACCAAUGCACCCGCUGCUGGAUCUGCUAUUCAAAAGGCAGAGGAUGUCGUCAGCAGCAUGUUGGCAAAGGGCUUUAUCUUGGGCAAGGAUGCAGUUGGCAAAGCCAAGGCACUAGACGAGAGACACAAGAUCACAUCCACUACCUCAGCCACAGUUGCUUCUUUAGACCAAAAAUAUGGCCUUAGUGAGAAAAUCACUACAGGAGCAACCAUUGUGAACCACAAAGUGAAAGAAAUGGACCAGAAGUUCCAAGUCUCGGAAAAGUCAAAAUCUGCUUUUGCAGCUGCUGAACAGACAGUUAGCAAUGCUGGAUCCGCCAUCAUGAAGAACAGAUAUGCUUUGACAGGGGUAACUUGGGCUGCAGGUGCCUUAAGUCGAGUCACUAAGGCUGCCGGGGAAGUGGGACAAAAGACAAAGGAAAAACUGGCUGAAGAAGAAAGAAGAACUUUUACUAAAGGUCAUGCACAAGAAAAUACUGCAACUUCAACAAAAGGUAAUGUGCAACAACAAGCUGCAGAUUCUGCUAAAGGUGAUGUCCAAGAACUUGCUGCAGCUUCUGCUAAAGGUGAUGUGCAAGAACUUGCUGCAGCUUCUGCAAAAGGUCAUGUGCAAGAACUUGCUGCAGCUUCUGCUAAAAGUGAUGUGCAAGAAGUUGCAGCAACUUCUGCAAAACAAGAACAUCCCGAGUCCCAAACCGGAAUUGAGGAAUCUACCAAUCCCUCUCUUCCACCAAAAGCUUAAUCCAACAUUAUCUUGAAAGUAAAUGCACGAUUUACGCUAGUUUGUUAUUCGAAUUUGAGCAGGUCAUUGUGUAUCAACUAGGGUAUUUAUACAUGGAAUCUUAUUUCUUAUGUAUGUUGGGACCUAAAAUAUGAUAUAAU